GAGUCGUUCUGAAUGUGGGCUUUGAAGAAAUUUGUCGUUUCUUGUCGGGAAUCGAACUUCUAGCUGGUCACUUCGUUGACCGUUAUCUCUAAUUAAUAUAGCAAGAACUGCAAAAUACCUUGUCAGCAGAUAGAAAAUUUCGAAAAUGGACAUAAAAUACGGCUCAUUCAGUAUUUGUCCGAGUUACAUAAUAACGAGUUGAAAGGAUUCAUUUUUUGUUUCGUUGUCUGGCAUAGCAGCAACCAAUUGGAACGCAAGUACAGCUGCUAACCGACCAGCGAGAACAGACGCAGUUUCAACGAAAGUAACAGGUAGUGAGUGCUGUGUAAACUGCACGUAGCGCUGCAGUGGUAUGAGUGUGGUCCGUCUGCUUCUACAACUGUGCGUUUCAGAUAAAAAGCUGUGGAAGUCUGUAAAUAGUCAUCCUUCGAAGUUUUAAUACAGAACAGUGUUACAUCUUUGGAUCAUUUCUUGUUGCAAAGUUGCUUGAUCCAUAUUUACCAUGUGUCCUUUGUGGCCAUUUCAUUUAUUCUUCAUUUACAUCAUUCUCCUCUGCCCUUUGUGGGUGGUGUCAUCUUCCGUCGUGUCGUAUGUCACCAACAGGACGAGUUCGUGGGGUGUCACCUUUGACCCUGUGGAACUCUUACUACCUAUGGACAGCGUAUCAACAGUAAAAUUUUCUACCGAACUUCAGCAGCAAGAGAUCGAUUUUGGUGUCGUACAUGUUAAAACAAGUGAUGGGAGCAUAGCAAGUCCCUAUCCUACAGACAAGGUUUACAUACUGAAAACAGAAAAUAUAUCAUAUCCUGGUAAGUGGAGUUCUGCCUUCAGUGUUACAGGAAACUUCUUGGGAUAUGCAAAUGUACAUCUGCAACUCAUGGAUAAUAGUAGUCAAAUUCUUCUGAAAAACUCCAACCCAGUAAGUGUGAGGGUUGUACGCAGUGAGAGAGUGAUUGACCAGGUUUUUACAUACAGUGUUGCUGUCCUUGUGUCCGUCAUCUACAUCAAUUUUGGAUGUGCAUUGGAUUGGUCGGUAUUCAAGAAAACUGUCCGCAGGCCAUUAGGGCCCGUUAUAGGAUUUGUGAGUCAGUUCUUGAUUAUGCCAUUGAUCAGUUUUGGUUUGGGAAAAUGGUUAUUUUAUGAUUCGGUUCCUAUGCAACUGGGUAUGUUUUUCACUGGAGUCAGUCCUGCAGGUGGUGCAUCCAAUAUAUGGACUUAUGUUCUGGGAGGCAACCUAAGUCUCAGCAUUACUAUGACGACAAUUAGCACCUUUGCUGCCUUUGCCAUGAUGCCAUUAUGGAUCUUUACACUUGGCCAAGUUAUUUUCGAGCAGGGCAAGUUGGGCAUUCCGUAUUCUCGAAUUGCUAUGUUUGCCAGUGCUCUUGUUAUUCCUUUGGCCAUAGGUUUCCUCAUACAGAAGUAUCUUCCACGCGUCACCAAAAUCAUGGUUCGGAUUUUGAAGCCAUUCUCAGCACUGCUGAUUCUCUUCAUUGUCAUAUUUGCCAUUGUAACAAACCUCUACUUGUUUGAAUUAUUUACGUGGAAGAUUUUUGUCGCUGGUUUUAGUUUACCAUGGCUUGGAUAUUUUUUUGGCUGGCUGUUAUCUCAUCUGUUCAAACAGCCACCAGAUGAUACGUUAGCUAUAGCCAUAGAAACUGGGAUCCAGAAUACCGGAAUUGUAAUUUUUUUGCUUCGAUUCUCUCUUGAACAACCUGAGGCAGAUCUUACAACAGUUGUUCCAGUAACUGUGGCAAUUAUGACUCCAGUACCUCUCCUUUUGAUGUAUAUAUACCUCAAGUGCUCAGCAAGAUGGAAUAAAAAGAAAGGGACAACAUUAAAUGAAGAUGAUGAUGAUGAUGAUGAUGAUGACAGGAAGGGUUCAGCUGCAUCCACCAAUGUUACAGAACCUUUUUCCAUAAGCAGUGGCAACUUAAAGUACCAAACACAUCUGCAUCAGUGUUAAGAAAGGCCAGAACUGGUAAGAAAUGCACAUACUGUGUUAUUUUAUUGUAUUUUGUUUUAUUCUAGUGUAUAGAGGAGGCAGUACACUAUGAAUACAGUAGAACUUUGCUUAAAGAUAGGUUUGUGUUCCAUAGUAUCAUAUGAAUUAAAUCAGUUCAUUGCUAAACUGUUAUAUAUUUUAAAUGUUGCUCAUUAAUGUUUUGGCUGUCAGUUCAUCCUCAGGUGCUUCAUCUAUAUCUACAUUCCCUCCCUGCAUUAUAAAACCCAGGCACCUGGGCCCACACAAAUGUCAUGACCCCACACUUCUCUGUGACCAUUUUCAAAGGUCUGAGUUAAAAUUAUGUUAACUGUUCCAGAAUUUUAAUGCUCCACAAGCUCGUUGGUGUCAUCCUUGAUUUAAAGAUCCUCAUUAUGUAAUUUUUUCCAUUAAUGACAUCUACAUAUUAGUUUCAGAACAUUUUUCAGACCCAAAUUAUGUUGUUGGUAUGCGGAUCAAAUCUUUAUAAUUACAUAGGUUUUGUGGGGAGGUUGGAAGGUCAGGGAGAGUGCAGAUUGUUUCUCCACAUCCUUGGCUUGUACUAUGAAGAAUAUAUGGAAUUCUAAUAAACUGAACUCACUUGAAUUCCAUCAAGCAGUUCUUCAGAAAUUAAUAGUUCACUCAUAAUUGUUAGUGUUCGACCACGAAUAACACAAAUAUAUUCAUUCUUAUAGAUGUACAGAAAUUUGGCAAAUGGAAACAAAUAUACCGUCUUUAACUCUGCUAUUUGUUGUUGCAGGGUCAAAAUCGUGACAAAUGCAUAAGUUUUAAUGGUUAUGUAUGUUUCGCUGAUUGGUGUACUGAUCACAAACUAAUUGUGGGCCUCAGCUAUAUCAGGGGUAAAAAGUAGUCGGGGAGGGGGGGAAUGCCAUAUGUGCUACCAUUUUACCUCCCUCCCCUUAUCAAGGCUAUCUGACCCCUUACCUGUGUAUUUGUAAUGGCCAACGAAGCUCGGAGAUAUCUUGCGACAAGUAUAAUCUGUGACUAUACGUGCGAACAGUUAUGUUUCUUUGUGUUAAGUGAUAGCAAGAAUCUUCAAUGAGUUAUCUGUGGUGCAUAAUCUGUAAUGACUCUUUUGUUUUAAAAAAAAAUGUGAAGUGAUUUGGUUGGUAUUAGAUGUCCGUAGGUAGCAAAACUAUUUUCUAAUUGGAACUUUUGGAAGUGUAUUUCUGUGUGAAAAAUAUUUCUCUCCGUGUGGUUUUCAAAACGGAAAUUUUUACACCGAAGUGCAUGUGGAAUAUGUUAAUGGAAGUAAAUGGAUCCUGUGAUUCUUUAUUGUGAUUAGUGGCUCAGUUUUGUAAAAUAUCAAGGUUAGCGGAAAAUGUGAGUAGCAUGUAUUCUGGUUCACCCGUUUCACGGACUCCAAAUUCCAGUUCCACUGUGCAGUUUCCCGUAAGUAGAUGAUUAAUGGGAAUGUUUCAGUGAAAGGUAUGUGCAGAGACUGAAGAUAAUGCCCAGUGGUUAAUAUUCUUGCUUCAUGUUUGAAAGGUCCCGGCUUCGAAUCUCUGCCCGGAAACCGGUUAUCCUGAUUUAGGUUUUUGUGUUUUUCUUCAGCCCCUCCAGGCAAAUAUGUGGUGUAGCAUCAAAAAUUUGGCCAUGACCGCUUUCAUAUCUUUUCCUAUUCAUUAAAUAAUUCUACCAUUAAGUACUGCAUGAUCUGAGCCACUGACAUUGUCGUAAGACAAACCAUAUAUAUAUAGUAAAUAUAGAAAUGCAGAAUAUAGUUUAAUUUUACCUUCACUGGUCCGACCUAAACAGGAAGACCGAAUUUAGUCAGAGCUGUUCUCGACUGUUGCAUAGUUGUGAGAUACAAACCAUAGAGCUUAUAUAAAUUGUAGAAUAAUCGUAAACAAAGGUUAAUAUUGUAAUCAUCAUUGUUGUGUAAAUUUUUGCGCAAGUCAGGGGCCUUCGGUUUGUUGCUGCUGCUGUAAUUUUUUACGAAGAAAAUAUAUAUUUCUCCGAUGGUUCUGCAGUAUACUAUAAAAACCAGAAAGAUGUUCCCAACUUCAAAAUACACCAAGAGGACUUUUUAGUACUAGCAGUGUGGCACCUGUUUGCCACCUCUUGUGGGAAGAGCACAGUUGUUUGCAAGUUAUAUCUCAAGUUAAUAUGAAUUAAUUUUUUCAACAGUGCUUGUUAUUUACCUAUUAAGUCAUUUGUACCCUAUAGCAUUGUGCUCCCAUUAAGGCUGUGUGCCGUAGAUUUGUAUAAGAAAUUGCAUAUUUGCACAUUAUAAUUAGAAAAGGGCAAUGUCUUAUCUUUCGUUCUUUGAAUGUUUAAUGCACACAGAUUUGGUAUGAUUUGUUUUCGUAUGCCUGCAAUUCUUCAAGGCAAUUAUUAAAAUGCAGAUACAUGGCCAUGCAUAA